AAAUUAUGACGCAAUCAACUGACUAGAUUGAGCUGAGACGAACGUGGUGUUUGACUGAGCAAUUUUUGCUGGAAGGAAUUGGAAAAACACGCGGUUCUACGGGUUUUCUUAAGUCAUAUGAUAUAAACAUGGCUUCUUCUGUGAUAUUAGCCGGACUUGGCCUAGCUGCUGUUGGGUACCUAGGGAGACUAGCUAUACAGACAGGAAAGCUUGUACAACAGAAUUCAUCAAAGAUGCCCAAAUUUAACUUCAACACCUAUUACAAAGGGGGAUUUGAACCCAAGAUGUCAAAGAGAGAAGCAAGUUUGAUUUUGGGAGUAAGUGCAUCAGCAGCCAGGGGUAAAGUAAGGGAUGCGCACCGGAAGAUCAUGCUUCUAAACCAUCCUGACAGAGGUGGUUCCCCUUAUCUUGCAACCAAGAUCAACGAAGCCAAGGACUACCUGGAGAGUCAAGGAAAGAAAUUAUGAUGACACUGACCAUCGUCUGCUCCUUGAACUAUUUAGAGACUUGAAUUUGACAACGGUUGUUGUUGUUGAUGUGAUCAAUGAAAUAAUGAGGAGAAAAGUAACCAAAGAGAAAAGGGAUGUCCGAUGCUCUCCUAAAUGUUCCACCGUAAAUGUUGGUUGGUGUUGUCAUUCAUCUAUUGGAAGACUACUCAGAAGGACUCAUGAGCUCUACCCAGCUCGAAUGGGAAUAAGAAGAAAAAGAUUAACCAGAUCUAUUUUUAAACCAUCUUGCUCAUUCUUCCUAAGUCUCUCUUUUUAUGAUCAAGACUCAACACUUACAUGUGUCUGGUGCACUUGUCCCCCCCCCCCCCCCUCAAAAAAAAAUGUAUCUAGACUCCCCAAAUUGUGGAAACUAAAAUGGCCCCAAUUUUAGAGAUCCAUGGUGAAAAAAGUAGUGUGGAGCCCUACAGCUUAUGCUUCUUAUUAUGUCAAUACUAAAUCUAAUGCAAUCACAAAUCUUGUUACUUAUCAAAAAUUACUUUGUUAAAAUGCAUGCUCUAAAUGUUUUUUAAACAGCAAUAUAAAUUGCAUGUGUGGAUAAUGAUGUGAUAUGUACAGUAUUUAGAGGACUGCGAUGCACACUGCUUUUUCUUCAUUUCAUCUGUGUUU